UCGCUGCUCUGAUUGGCUGCUGAGGAAGCCUCCGUUUUCGGGGUGAAGGCAAUCAUGGAGGAGCUGAGCGCCGUGGGAGAGCAGGUUUUUGAUGCCGAGUGCAUUUUGAACAAACGGCUCAGAAAGGGAAAGUUGGAGUUUCUGGUGAAGUGGAGGGGAUGGUCAUCCAAACACAACAGCUGGGAGCCGCAGGAAAACAUUCUGGACCCGAGACUGCUGGCGGCUUUUAAUAAGAAAGAACAAGAAAAAGAGCUUCUGAUGCUUAAAAGACGCAAACGACCCAGAGGACGACCCAGAAAGAUCAUAGAGAAUAUACCGGAACCCCAAAAGUCAAGCACCUCGUCAUCCGCUUCAUCCUCCUCGUCCUCUGACUCCUCAUCCUCCUGCUCCUCUUCGUCUUCAUCAUCAGAAGAUGAAGAUGAGGGCGAUGACAGCCGCGCCAAACAGGCGAGCCCGACCGUCAGGCCACGGGAGCUGCAUCCCGUCCCUCAGAAGAAGGCGCAGAUCGUCAUGGCGAAGCAGGAACCGCCGAGGAAGCGAAACAGGAAGGCCCUCCCUCCGGAGGCGAAGGAGUUCCAGCAGAACAAGGGUCCGCGCAAAGUCCUGAAGACCGCCAAAGAGACGGAUCUUCCAGGGGCGAUCAAGAAGCCGGUUCAUCCGGCGAGCUUCACCUUCAUGGGUUUCCACCGCAGCUCAGCCAAAGAUGCGGCGGCUGGUCCGUACAGGAGCCCGCUGACCCACGGCGGGGCGGUCAAACCCGCCAUCAGCUCACCUGGAUCUGGGAGAUCUCCAGUCCAAACCGCGACUCUGGCCUUGAGCAAAUCCAACCAGAGCAGAAAUGCAACCGAGGGGAAGCUGUCCAUCGGGAACAGCGGAGGAAGUCUGGAUUUGAAAACAGCUGCUUGUAAAUCCAAAGGAGUUGCUGCUCUGAACGUGAAUACCACCAAACAUCCAGUUCAAGGAACCACUCAGCACACUCUGAGCCCACCCAGCGGACCAAAGAAGCCCCAGUCCACCGGGUCCGCAAUGCAGCGGGUAGCCGGUACUAAAGCAGGGGCUUCCCAGUCUUCUAAGAACACCUCCUCCAGUCAAGGCCAUCAGCCCCUCAACCUUCAGAACAAGCAGUCCCAAAGCGGCGACGCUCCUGGAAGCGGCACCACCGCGGCGUCGGGUCUGAGAAGUCCAGUCAUCCCUGCGAGAAAACCCACAGUGGCCCAAAAUCUGGAGGCCAACUCCAAUAAAAGUCCGGUUUCCUCUGGAAGACCGCCUGCCAGGAAACCGCAGGCCGGUGGAGACAAGCUGAGAGAGAUGAAGGAGUUCCAGAAGGUCCAAGGCCGGUUGGACAAGUCCUGCUCCGAGAUCCAGAACCCGCCGGCAAGAACGGCCACUAAAGGCAGCAAGAAAGCCAAAAUGACCGACAUGAGCACUGGCGAAGAGGAAAGCAGCUCGGACUCGGACCACGACUCUUCGUACGCUGGACAGGGUCACCCAGUGGCGGGUCAGAACCAGGACUGGAAGCCCACGCGCAGCCUGAUCGAACACGUGUUUGUGACCGACGUCACGGCGAACCUGGUCACCGUCACGGUGAAAGAGUCGCCAACCAGCGUGGGCUUCUUCAGCAUUCGCAACUACUGACAGUCGACCUGGGCGGGUCUGCAGGGUUCACUAGUUCCUCUUAUAGUAGUCAAGACAUAUUUUAGAUAAAACCAAUAAUAAUAGAGUCAGUUAUUGAUUGUAAUUAUUUAUUUUGUCAUAUGUAUUAAAGUGCAUUUUGGACGCAGAGAAAUAAA